CAUCACUAAUCACUGGGAAUAUAGUACUCGUGUUUUCUGCAAGCUUCAUACGAUGGCAGAAGCAAUUGUGUUGUAUAAAUAAGUUGAAGUUGAAGCUCUAACACAUAAACCACAACAAGUAAUAAUCCCAUUUCUACUUCUCUCUCAACUAAAAUAAUGAGUUGUUCGACGGUGGAGCACUUGAGCCAUCCGCGGCACCCACUAGUACUCAAAGAGGAUGUUGUUAUCGGAGUGGAGGCUACUUGCUCUGUUUGCAACAAUCCUGUUUUAGGCUCUCCUACAUACACCUGUACUCUUCGUGUUGAUAUCGGUUGUCAGGAUUUCUACCUCCAUAAGAGCUGUGCUGAAUUACCCAAACAGAUCAUUCGCCAUAAGCAAGACCAACACCCCCUUGGUCUACUACCAAGGGCUGGCUAUUACGUUUGUGAUAUUUGUCAUAACUCUGUGAAGUUCUCUUAUGCAUGUGUGGAUUGUGAUUUUGACAUAUGUGUCAUUUGUGCUUUUGCUUUUGAAGACAGGGUGAUUAGUCAUCAAGGUCAUCCAGAGCACACACUCACAUUACUGAGGGAAGCUUUGUUUAAGUGUGAUGCUUGUUGGGAGAAAGCUACAGAUUAUUCCUACGUAUGUCUCCCCUGUGAUGUUUGGAUCCACAAGAAGUGUGCUUCUUCUCCGCCCAUAAUUCCAGCUCCUACUUAUCACCACCACCCUCUCACUCUUAUCUUCUCUAUUCCACAAAUGCAUCGCAAUUUCAUUCGUUAUUGUGUCCUCUGCAAAGAAGUGAUUUGGAAACGCUGUUGGUCUUAUUACUGUCAAAAAUGCACAUUGUUUGUGCAUCUGAAAUGUUCGACGUCUACAGUCUCUUUGGUAGAAGAGACUGAAGGGAACGACAUUGGUGAUAAUGAAGCUGCUGAUUUGGUACAGUUUCCUCUGCCUGACGAAGAAUCACUACUUGAUUUGAUUAUCACCCAGUGUAGCAAGUUUCUAGAUGAAACUCAUGGUGAGGGUGACAACAGCAGUGAGCCACAUAUUAUUGAAGAACACUGGAGUCACUGGAACCAUCCAUUACAACUGCACCAGUUUACUGUUGAUGUGGAUGAUGAUGAUAAUGAUGAUAGAAGAGUGUUGAUAUGCGAUGGGUGCGUUCAACCCAUAUCAAUUAGGCGUCCAAAUUACUAUGCGUGCAUUGAAUGUGGUUUCUUCCUCCACUCCUUCUGUGCCAAUAAAAUGCCAGAUGAGUUGCCAGUAGGAGCAUCUCCAUUACACCCCCACCAUUCACUCUCUCUUUGGCAGCAGUAUAAAUUCUAUAGUUUCGUGACAUGUGGAAUUUGCCAAUACCCCACAAAUGGGUUCUAUUAUCAAUGUCAGAUUUGUGAUAUGAGAUUCGAUAUACGUUGUGUAUUCUUGCCCACCAGGAUUAGACAUAAAUCUCACAAAGACCACUCCCUUGUUCAGACUCAGCCCUUGGACAAAAAAUGUGAUGCAAGUGGGAUUAAUUUUGAUGGAAUGAGAUAUGCAUGUGAAACUUGCAGUCGCUUCCAGAUUAGUCUAGUAUGCGCAUUUUAUCCAAGUAGGAUGGAACACAGAUAUGAGGAGGAUCACUCGCUAAUAUUGAGACAUCCUCCAUUCUUCUACGAAGGAGUGUUCUACUGUCAAAUAUGUGAAGAACAAGUUAAUAAUCAGGAGUGGCUUUAUAACUGUGAAAAAUGUGAUCAAUCUUUUCACGCUGAGUGCGUCCGUUGGUACGAAAGCAUCAAGCUGGGAAGAAGAAUUAAACAUAGUUCUGGCGAUCAAGAACACACACUUACGUUGGUUAUAAAGAAGACCCUAAGAAAGAAAUCGCCGCCCUACUUAUGUGGCAUUUGUGGAAAAGGCUACAGGUUACUGUGUUUUUUGGAAUGUCAAGGAUGUGGAUACCUUGCCUGUGUCGUCUGUAUUAGAAGAGUCCAUGGCACCGGUAAGUAGAGAAUUUCAGAUCUUCCCGUGCUAAUAAUAUUCACUACCAGAGACCCAUUCAAGCCACCUAAUUUUUUGUUUUGAAAUAGAGAACCAGAGAUUAUGUUACCCACCCCCACUAUAUUCAAUGUAUCAUCGUAUCAUAUCAUAUCAAUCUCCAUUAGUCGUCAUACAAACACAUCAUGUAUAUUUGCACUUGAAAUAAUUGGGCUAGAAAGAUGAUGAGGUUUGCAUCAAGAAGCUUACGAUUCAUCUGACUAAACUCGGUGAAAAAGAGUCACACUGAAGCUAGAAGAAUAAUAUUAAU